GCGAUACUUGACUCGUUCGAUGUCGCAGGGCCCGAGGAUCGGCAUCGCUGCCUUGUGCAUCCUCCCUUGUGGGAGAGUGUCUUGACCUUUCUGCACCGCAACCCGAUCCGGAGGCUACCUGUCCCGGUUCUGGCGUUUGUACUGAAGCGCUUGUUUUUGGCGCUGGACUAUCUACAUUCUGAAUGCCAGAUUAUACAUGCCGGUAUGUGGGGUGUAUGCAAUUGCUUGUCCAGUUGCUUGUAUCCGUGGGACCAGAUUGAUCACUUACAUCGCUUAGAUCUGGGAUAUCUUCGAAGAAACCAGCCCCUCUUCACCGGCUACGAUCCCGAACACCAGACAUAUCGGAGUCGAGCCCACCUCGCUGAGAUGAUCGGUCUUCUUGGCCCCCCGCCGCUCAGUGUUCUUGCUCAAGGAGAGCUGAGCCAUAAAUUUCGGGUUUCAUCUGCCUUUCUUUUUCUUCUUUUUUUUUUUUUUUUUUUUUUUUCUGACAUUUUAGCUGACUUCCGUGCUGGAAUCCCUCUCCCUGGCCGAAUCCCACUCGAGGACCGGGAAACCACUCUCGAGGGCCAGGACAAAGUGGAGUUCUUAAAUCUCAUUCGGAAGAUGUUGCAGUGGGAGUCGGACAAGCGUAGCUCCGCCAAGGAACUUGCGGAGGACGAGUGGAUUCGUAAACAUACUACCUAA